CGCUAUCGUAACACUGAAGUGUACAAAGUUCAAAUAAACUUAACAUUACGUUUAAUUUUGUACUUGGGGAAACACAUUAAGUCAAUACACUACUAAAUUUGGAAACCGAUAUGAAAGAAGUGAUUUUAAAAUAUCUCGAUGGGAAAGAUAACGGUAUAGCUGUACUAGGGCUAAAUCGUCCAAAAACCCGUAAUGCUUUUGGAACAAAUCUUCUUUCUCAAUUAAAUCAUGCAAUUACUACGAUUAAACAGGAUGGUAAAUUACGAGUAUUAAUUAUUCGUAGCUUAGUACCAUUUGUCUUUUGUUCUGGUGCUGAUUUACGUGAAAGGUUAAAAAUGAAUAAAUCCGAAGUAUCAGAAUUUGUAACUUCUUUAAGGAAUGUUAUGAACGACAUAGAAACUAUACCAAUACCAGUUAUAUCUGCCAUAGAUGGUAUAGCAUUGGGUGGUGGUUUAGAAUUAGCAUUGGCUACAGAUAUUAGAAUAGCAGCUUCGGAGGCAAAACUUGGUCUUGUAGAAACUAAAUUAGCAAUAAUACCAGGCGCCGGUGGUACUCAGAGAUUACCAAGAAUAGUCGGAUCUGCUAUAGCCAAAGAACUUAUUUAUGCAGCACGCGUUUUAAAUGGACAGCAAGCAAGGAAUAUUAGUCUUGUAAAUGAAGCUGUAUCGCAGAAUAAAAAUGGUGAUGCAGCUUAUCAAGCUGCUUUAUUACUUGCAAGAGAAAUUCUGCCUAACGGUCCUAUCGGAGUAAAGCUGGCUAAAGAGGCUAUAUCAAAAGGUAUGGAAGUGUCUAUAAAAGAUGGAUUAGAAAUCGAAAAAGCAUGUUACAAUAAAGUCAUAGAUACCGAAGAUAGACUAGAGGGUCUUUCAGCAUUCACAGCAAAACGAGUGCCUAUUUAUAAAGGUACAUAAAUUUAUGUAAUAUCAAAUAAUUAUAUAGUUAAGUUUCAAACAAUGAUUAUUAUAUAUCUUUUAAAAUUUAUUUGUUUAAAUUAAUACUUAUAUCACAUUUUCCUAACAAAAUUUAGUUUAAUACUUUAUUGAUACCUCUGUUUAAAUUUCAUGACUUUUAUGUAUUUAGAAUUGUGUCCAAUAUUUAUAUCAUUGUUAGUUUAUUUUGAGAAAAAUAAACAAUGUAUAUACAA